CUUGUUGUCUUUUCCGGUAAUAACCCUAAACUACUCGCAAGUCACAAUUCGAAGAUCCCAAGCAUCAAAAAUGGCACUUCUCGAAGAAGAUUUGUUCACCUGUCUCAUGCAGUACUUGCGUAUUUUCCUCGUGCUCUUGUAAUGGCAAAUAGUUCUGCAAUGCCCAUGAUUUUCAACGGGAAAUAUAGUUACAACAUAACAACAGUGUGGGUGUUUUCAGCAAAGGCUGAUUGCUAGAGAUUUUUCCCGGUCGAGUAAUUUAAAGUUGGACGCACUAGGGAAUGGUAGUAUUGUUAUUGACAGGGUACUGUAUUUUGUUUGUGGAGCUGUUUUCUGAAACGAAAACAUUAUUACCAAACAAUUAUCUGAUUUUUGCAACUAGAUCACUUUUUGACCAGACAACAACAGUGAACACUAAGACCUCUAAUCCCAAACAGACCUCUGUGGUUAUUCGAUUUAUGUAAUGAUCUUUGUGCACUAGUUGCAGUCCCCAAAUCUGGAUUUGGUCCCAGAAAAGUUUUCUGGAAACCAGCUGGUCGAUGGAACUUACUUUUGUGACUUCUUGUAUCACCAUGAGAAGAAACAGUAAAUAUCACGAUGGACUUCAAAAGAAGGAUGUUCGUGCAACUAUCAAAUACACAUACACACUUUUGCACACCUCUUUCAUAAUUUGAUAUUGGAAAUUAAAUGCGACUUCUCAGCUAUGUGGGUCCACUGUGCUCAAAAGUGAUAAGAAAUAGAGAUGACUAGUUGUUCACAAGUUCGGGAUGGGAAAAUUCAAGAAAAUAGUAGCAAUAAAGAAAAACCAAGUCUUUGUGAUUUCUGUGGAGAUUCAGUAGCAGUUUUGUAUUGCAAAGCUGAUUCAGCUAAGCUUUGUUUGACGUGUGAUAGGGAAGUUCACUCGACGAAUCAGCUUUUUACUAAGCACACCAGAUCAGUGCUAUGUGAUGAGUGUGAGUCUUCGCCUUCUUCCAUUUUUUGCUCUACUCAUUGUUUUGUUCUUUGCCAGAACUGUGAUUGGGAAAGUCACAGGAUUUCAGAGUCAAGUAAUCAUGACAGAAGGCCUCUUGAAGGGUUUAACGGGUGUCCCUCUGUGGUUGAGUUUUUGGCUAAUUUUGGGUUUGAUGAUUUGGGGAAGAAGAAGAGUAAGAGAAGUGAGGGGGUUCAGGAGUCUGAGAAUUUUGGGUUUUCUGAUUAUUUGGUUUGGGAAACUCCUUCUGUUAUUAGUCUUGAUGAUUUGAUUUCUUCAGAUGGCUCUGACCAUAAUUUUCAGGUUACGGGGUUUCCCCCUUUGCCUAAGAACCGAAAUACUGUUUGUGGACAACGCAAAGAAGAGAUACUUUGCCAGCUACGUGAAUUGGCAAAGUUGGAACCAGGCAUUGACCAAAAUAAACAGGAUGUAGAGCCCUCUCCUGGGUUUCAGUCCCUGUUGCCUUACGAUGACUUCCAACAUCAAAAUUUAAACUUUGAGAGCAAGACAGAACCAACCUUCUUUGCCACUUACGAGGGAAGUACUUUCCAGUGGUGCAAUGAUAUUGGCAAGGAUCCAGAAAAAAUUCUUCCUAAUGCUUCAUCUCAGAGCUACUUUAACACAGACUAUCAAGUUCCUGCUAAGGAUCCAGAUAUUGAUCCUAAGCUACAUCACAUAGACAACAAGAAUGAGACGCCAGCACAAAAUAUUGUUGUUGCUAAUGCCUCACAAAUCUUUCCCAAAGUUGCUCCGCAUGAAUUUUGCAGCCAGCAUCGAGACAUUGCAAUCACACGGUACAAGGAGAAGAGAAAAUCAAGGAGGUACGAAAAACACAUAAGGUAUGAAUCCCGGAAGGUUCGUGCAGAAACUAGAGCUAGAGUCAAGGGUCGCUUUGCAAAGAUAGAUCGCUGAACUGUUUUGUGCAGAAAUAUUCUUAAGACAAUUAUUUGUCUGGUAUUUCACCACUUCUUUUUGGGACUAGGUUUGCGUAAGCACUUCAGAUCAUAUUGGUUAAACAACGUGAGAGAGUUCUGUUUCUUCAGCCUUGGUUCAGGAAGGUUUUCUUAUAUUUUAUUGAAAUAUAUGUAGUGAAAUAUGUUAUUUUCUUCUAAUCAAUAAUUGUCAUACUACUGAAACCUAAAAUUAUUCAGUUUCAGAAAUGAGAGUGAGUUUAUAAUCCCCAUAGACCAUAGUACAAGAAUGCUAGCUACUCACUUCUCAGCAGUACUGAAGCAGCAGGCUGGGAUUCUGCUUUACCCCGGUUUUGGAAGGACUCUCCAUUCCGUUUCUUGUAUGAUUUUAAGAAUGAAUACUCCAUUCUCUUUCUUUAUCAUUUUCCUUACAAUCUUUAUCAUAAAAAAUUUGGACUCGAUU